GCUUUCUUAGAUUAACUAAUAAGAUGAUUGAAUAUGAGUUGAUGAUACUUCUAUGUUAGAAAUUAGUUCAGGUUUACAGCAGUUCGAUUAAAAAUUAGUUCGGGUUAAGUUGGUUAUAGCCGGGUUGAGUUCGAUUACGAGCAUAAUACGGGGUCAGAUAUGACUCGGUUCGAUCACUAUUAGGUUCGGGUAAUAUCGGUCAACGGUUACAUGUCGGUUAUAAAAAAUCGGUCGCAGUUCGGGUACGGUUUUCCAUUUUCGGUUGUCAAGCGGUUCAGGUGCAACUUCGAUUCGGGUGAUGUUGGUUUUAUAAAUUUGAAAAAGAUACGCAUUUUCAGGUCGGAUAACUUUCGAUUUCGGGUCGAAUUUCAGAGUCGGAUCACAUUUGAACAGCGCUAUCUACCAUGUAAAAGAUUCUAAUUUUUGAUUUCUGUAAAUAUUUCUUCUAGAAACGUUUUUAGAAAAAUAGAAAAGUAUUAAAUAUUGUGUAAAAUGAAAAUUUAAUCAGCAGAAUUAAGAAGAAGAAAGUUCAACGUGUUAUAAAGACGGUCAUAAAAAUGAAAUGUAAAGAAAACUUUUGUUUUGUUAUUCCGUUAAUUGGCGCUUUCCUAUCCCUCGACGCAACUUGUUUUAUAAGGCCCCCGUUGAAACCAUCUUUUCUUUUCUUAAAAACAUAACGUGUAUUUCCCUCUCUGUUUGCUCACACACGACUUUCGUGGCAAUAUAGAUACAGAUCUACCGACGUAAUUCACCGAAAUAUAAUACAAAUUCAUUGAAUUUUAAGUUCAUCGGAGAACAAUUAAUGGCGAUUGUAUCACCAUUAGCAAAAUACAAACUCGUUUUCUUAGGCGAUCAAUCCGUCGGCAAAACUAGCAUCAUCACUCGUUUUAUGUACGAUAAAUUUGAUGCCACUUAUCAGGCUACUAUUGGAAUUGACUUCUUGUCAAAAACCAUGUAUCUUGAAGAUCGAACUGUGCGCUUGCAACUCUGGGAUACAGCUGGACAGGAAAGAUUUCGGAGUCUCAUACCCAGCUAUAUCAGAGACUCUUCAGUUGCUGUAAUAGUUUAUGACGUUGCCAUUAGACAGUCAUUUCUCAAUACCACAAAGUGGAUCGAGGAAGUACGUACAGAACGUGGCAGCGAUGUGAUUAUUGUCCUUGUGGGAAACAAAACUGAUCUGGUUGAUAAAAGGCAAGUCUCUAUUGAAGAAGGAGAUGCCAAGGCUCGAGAGGCUGGUGUUAUGUUCAUGGAGACAAGUGCAAAAGCGGGAUUCAAUAUCAAGCCAUUAUUUCGUAAGAUUGCGUCGUCCUUGCCAGGGAUGGAAUCUUUCUCUUCCACCAAACAAGAGGACAUGGUUGAUGUGAAUUUAAAACCUCAUAGCAAUUCGUCCCAAUCAGAACAACAAGGAGGUGGUUGCGCGUGCUAACUUGUAAGGUCCAGGAGUGGGUUGGUCAGGUUAUUUUGAAAAACAAGUGUUGCAAAGAAAAUUAAUGAAAAGGACCUUUGUCGACAAUUCAAGGGUAUUAGCUUUGUUGCUGACCCUACUUAGGUCCUAUAUAUCAUCAAUGUUCUAUUGUUCAAAGGUACAUUUUGUAUACGAUUUUGGUUUUAAUAUUUUGGAGAUCUACAUUUUGUUCAUGUUUUGUAGUAAUGGAUUUCUAUUUUCUUCAUAGUGUCACUAUGUUUUCUAACACAAAGUUCAUUUUUGUGUUUUAUUUUUUUUUUCAUUAUGUGUGCAUUGAGAAUGUUUCUUAAUA